AUGACCAUCAUGCCUCAGGCCAAACGUCCACCGCUUCCCACUCGCCACGCCAACCAGUACAUUAAGAAUAUUCGGACCUUACCGCCAGUCAAGUAUCAAGUCCUUAACUGUCAAGGAAAUGAUAUCUUGGUCGGAAGGAUGAAGAUUGAUACCCCCACGUCCACCGGCCAUGCGUUCAUUCUUCGACGAUUUGACACCAAUGCCAUCAGUCUUACUACCAUGUUCCGUGCUGCCUUUCCCAAUGCCUCGGACCAGGAAGAAAAGGAUGAAGUGCAGUGGGUGAAAGAUGCCUACGAUCUCACUGGAAACAAUGGUUCAUCAAAGGACACGUCGAUCACGCGUCUGGCAGGUACAUGGGUGUCUCCUAGGGUGGCAUUGGAGCUUGGGAAGGCCUAUAUGUUGGGAGAUAUCAUUACCACUGUGGUUCAGGCUCAGCCAGAUCCCAGUAUCAACUAUAGAAGAAGCGGAAAGGGCCAGCUGACGCCAAAAGCUUCUACGAACGUCCUGGUAUCUACAGAAGUGGUUGAAACGGUUCAGCUUUCAACCAAGGCAAGUAAUGCAGCGGCGUCCUCGGCGUCCUCACCAGAACAGAAACCCACCAAACGACGGCGGGAGGCAUCCGCUGUCCCUGAGCCCUCUCCUCCGAAGAUCAAAACUUCUGUCAGUGUCGAAGAGAAAUCCCAACCCCGUCGAUCGACAAGAACGAGGAGUCCCCCGCCCAAAGUCCCUCCCUCUACGAGUAUGAUAGCAGUGGCCAAUAAAGUGGCCUCUGGCUCGCCGACGAAAACACCUUCAAAGCGUUCCACACGCAGGGCCGUGAAGCAGGAGGAGGCACCCGUCACGCCAGGAGGAUCCGAAGAAACCGCUUAUGAGGAAAGGGAAGACGAAACUCAAGCCGCUGACGAUAUCGCUGGUUCGCAGUUGCACGAGCAAGAUAUCGCCGAGCAGAAAGAUCUCAUUGCGGAUUUGAAGAGGAAGAGAGAGGAAGCGUUGAAGAACGAGGAUGCUGAGAUGGAUGAUUCCGAAACUUUGAAGAAUAAACGAGCGAGGGAAGAUGAAAACCAGAAGCUCCGAUUCGACUUCAAAGAGCCAGAAGUUGGGGAGCGGGCUAUUGCGACCAACAGACGUAUACUGGGACAGCUCUUAGAGGAGCCGAGGAGAAGAUCGUUGGCUUGGGGUGUGGCAGCAUUUGUAUUUGGCGCAGGUGCUGUAACGUUAUUACCCAACUUCCUAUAA